AUGUCCGCACGGUCAGUGAGAGAGUUGGAAAGAAUUCGACAAAUAAGUGAAGUGAAUUCGGGUGAAGAAGUUUCAAUACCAGAAGAUGAUCAAACUGAAAGUCGAAGUGAUUCUGCAGACAAUGAGGAAACACAGGAUGAUGAUGUGACUGCCGAUGAAACUGGAUAUUUUAUGAAUCUCCAUAGAGGACAGAGGCGCCGAAGAUUUUUAUCGGAUUCUGAAAGUGAUAGUGAACAGAAUUUUGAUGACACUGUCACUGCUAUUGAUGGAACUCGAAUCCGAGAAGGACCGGCAAUCGGAAGACCAUCGCUUACUUUCAGAGAAGUAUCAGGACCAACGGCAUAUGCCAAAAGAAAUAUUAUGUCUGGUAAAGUCUCAUCUGCAUUUUCGGUGAUAAUAGAUCACACAAUUAUUGAAAACAUAAAGAAAUAUACAGAAGCAGAAGCUUUACGAGUUUUGGAGACUGCAUGGGAUCUGCCUAUACAAAAAUUAUAUGCAUUCAUUGGAUGUUUCGUUCGAAUCCAACGUUUGAGUGUGGACAAAUUUGCUCUCAUUUCAGAGGUAUGGAAGAAAUUCAUAGAAAAUUGCCAGAGUUGUUAUAAGCCAGGCGCGGAUCUCAGCAUUGAUGAGCAACUCUUUCCGACAAAAACUAGGUGCAAAUUUACCCAAUACAUGCCAAACAAACCCGACAAAUUUGGUAUAAAAUUUUGGCUGGCAUCUGAUGUAAAAACCAAAUACGUUGUCAACGGUAUGCCUUAUUUAGGACGUGAGGAAACCAGACCGACGUCAAUACCACUCAGCGAAUUUGUUGUAAUGAAAUUAGUUGAACCUUUCACCAACUGUAGAAGAAAUAUUACAACCGACAACUUUUUUACGACUGCAUCUCUGGGUACAAAAUUAUUGACGAAAAGGACAACGUUAAUGGGAACAAUGCGUGCGAACAGGAGGGAAUUGCCCGCACUUGCAAAAACAACAAAAGAUAAUUUGAAACUUCUUUCAACAAUGAUAUACAAAUCAAAUGACUGUACGCUAACGAUUUAUAAAUCAAAACCACGAAAAAAAGUAGUAAUAUUGAGUACCAAACAUAAAACUGUAAAAAUCAAGAACAAUAGAAAAAAGACACCCGAAACAAUCACGUACUAUAAUAAAACCAAAUUUGGCGUCGAUAUAGUUGAUCAAAUGGCGCGAAAGUACAGCGUAAAAUCGAAGUGCAAUAGAUGGCCUGUACAGGUGUUCUUCAAUAUCUUGGAUUUCGCUGGAAUCAAUUCGUGGAUACUUUACCAGGAAACAACAGGAUUGAAGCUAUCAAGGCAGAACAAUGUUUAUUAG